GUUGGUGAAGCACUUUGUCAUGUUUUACAAUCUGGUGAAAUUAGUUGGAAAGCUGCACGAGGUUUAAUGGCUGAUGCUAAUUUCAUUGGUACAUUACAACAAAUGGAUGUUGAACAGAUACCAGUGAAAAAUAUAACUGCUAUAAAAGAUUUAAUUGUUAAACGAAAAUUCACCUAUGAAGAUGUCAAGUCAGCUAGUAAAGCUGGUGGAGGAUUUUAUAAAUUCAUUUUAGCUGUUAUCACAUUUCAUGAUGCUUGUAGAGAGAUUCGUCCAAAAAGAGAACGUGUCAAAGCCUUGGAACGUGAAUUUAAUAAGGCUAAAAAAGAUUUACAAAAAUUACAAGAUGAAGUAACUAACUUGGAGAAUAUGUUAAUAUCGUUAAGGCGUCAAUUCGACUCAGCACAAACAGAAAUGGAGAAUUUAACAAAUACAAUGAAUAUUAUGAAGCGUCAAUUGUUAGCUGCACAGAAAUUAACAGAUGGUUUGGGGUCUGAGAAAGAACGUUGGAUUAAUGAAGUAGCAAAUUUGGAAAGUGAACAAAAAUCUCUUCUGGGAAACAGUAUGCUGGCAUCAGCCUUCUUAUGCUAUUUAGGUCCAUUUACAUCAGAAUUUCGUCAACGUUUAAUCUAUAAAGAUUGGCUAGUAUCUUUAAUUCAAGAUGGAAUACCUACAACAGACGGUAUCAAAGUUGAACAUAUCUUAGCUACAGAAGUUGAAAUCUCUUUAUGGAAUUCACAAAGUCUGCCAACAGAUGAAUUAAGUACACAAAAUGCAAUUCUGACUACAAAAGGACCUACUUCACCAGUUUGUAUUGAUCCACAAGGUCAAGCAGCAAGAUGGAUUAAAAAAAUGGAACGUAAUACUAAAGAUGAAGCUCGUUCAUUACGAGUAACAACUCAGAAUGAUCCAAAUUUCUUGAGAAAUGUUGAAAAUGCUAUAAAAUUUGGUGUAGCCUGUUUAAUUGAAGGUGUUGAAGAAUACAUUGAUCCUGCACUGAAUAAUGUUUUAUGUCGUAAUAUAAGAAAUAAUAAAGGUCAAGAUAUUGUAAUGCUUGGUGAUCGUGAAGUUGAAUAUGAUCCCGGGUUUCGUUUAUACCUCAUGACAAAACUACCAAAUCCACAAUUUCAAGCAAAUCUAUUUAGUCGAGCAUUAGUUAUCAAUUAUACAGUAACAAUGAGUGGAUUAGAAGGACAACUAUUAAGUACCCUGGUGAAACAUGAACAUCGUGAAUUAGAAGAGAGGCGAGAAAUGUUAAUAAUGGAGACAAGUGAGAAUAAACGUAUUCUAAAGGAGUUAGAAGAUCGUCUAUUGCUAGAAUUAGCUACACAAACUGGUAAUAUAUUAGAUAAUUGGGAUUUAAUUGGUACUUUGGAGGAUACAAAAAAUAAAGCUGUUGAUGUUAGUAAACAAUUAGCUCAAUCUGCAGUUAUAUCUAAAGAUGUAGAACGUCAAAGAGAUCUGUUUCGUCCAGCUGCAAGAAGAGGCGCCGUAUUAUUCUUUAUCUUAUCUGAUUUAUCAUUGGUUGGUCCAAUGUAUCAAUUUUCAUUGUCAGCUUAUUUAACUGUAUUUGUAAAAGCAUUGAAAAAAGCAAUGCCAAAUAGUUCAUUGCCUAAACGUUUAGCUAAUAUUAAAAAUGCUUUAACUUAUGCAACAUACUGUUAUGGAUGUAUGGGUAUAUUUGAAGAGCAUAAAUUAUUAUUAUCCUUUGAGUUGGCUAUUCGUUUACAACAAGAUGAGAAGUUAAUACGACCUAAGGAAUUAUCAUUUCUUAUACGUGGUAAUGUAUCACUGGCAGAAACAGUUUAUACACCACCAUUUCAAUGGAUACCAGAAAGUGUUUGGAGGGAUUUAGUCUAUUUAACUGCAUUUAUACCUAAACGUUUUGGUAAACUGACCAAAGAUAUACGUAAUUUGGGCAAUGUUUGGCAAAAGUGGUAUGAAGCCAACAAUCCAGAAUCAUUAACAUUCCCUGGUCGUUAUGCUAAUAUAAGUCCAUUCUUAAAACUUUGCCUUAUUCGAUGUUGGCGUAUGGAUCGUAUCCCAUCAGCUGUAACAAAUUAUGUUGUCCAGGUAAUCGGGAAACAGUAUAUUACACCACCAAUCACUAAUUUAGCUGAUGUGUUAGCUUCAACUUCACCAACUAUACCAGUUGUUUUAAUAGUUCAGCCUGGAUCGGAUCCACAAAGUCAAUUGUCACAGCUGGCACAUUCAUUAGAAUUCAGUGCAUCUCGUAUUAAAUAUCUUUCAAUGGGUCAAGGACAAGAGCCGCAUGCUCAAAGUCUUUUUGUACAAUGUGCAGCACGUGGAAAUUGGUUAUUAUUACAAAAUUGUCAUUUAUUAGUAGGAUUUAUACCAACAUUAGAAAAAAUGAUUGAUGAUUUAACGAAACCACAUCCAGAUUUUCGUGUAUGGCUUACAACUGAAAUGGUUUACGAUUUUCCAAUUGGAAUAUUACAAAGAUCAUUUAAAGUUGUUAUGCAACCACCGAGUGGAUUAAAACAAAACUUGGCAUCAGGUUUGGGUAAAUUGUCGCAUGAAGAAUAUGUCAAUUGUCCACAUCCAAAUUAUCGUGCAUGUUUAUAUACUUUGGUAUUUUUACACUCUAUUUUACAAGAAAGACGUCGAUAUGGAAAAUUGGGUUGGAAUGUCAGUUAUGAUUUUUCUGAUGCUGAUUUUCUUGUUUCACUAAGAAUUUUACAAAUUUCUUUAACAAAAUCAUUUGAAACAAAAACAGACAUUUCAUGGGAUACAAUAAAAUAUUUAAUUGGAGAAGUAAUGUAUGGUGGUAGGACAAUUGACAACUUUGAUCGACGUGUAUUAACCACAUAUAUGGAUGAAUAUUUUGGUGAUUUUCUGUUUGAUGAUUUUCAACCAUUCCGAUUUUAUAAAAGCAGUAAAUUAGAAUAUUUCAUACCAGAGGAACCAUCAGAUUCAGCAAAUUAUAAAGAAUUAUAUUUAGAAUAUGUUUCGCACUUACCUUCAAGUCAAAAACCAGAAGUAUUAGGUUUACAUUCAAAUGCAUCAAUCGGUUAUUCAGCUCAAUACGCUAGAAGUUUAUGGUUUAACUUACUUUUGCUAAUACCUGAAACUGAAAAUGUCGGUGGUGUGCCUUCUGUUAAGCGUCUGAAUGCAGCGGCUACAUUAGCAGGUUCAGAAAGUGAAGCUGAAUAUCGUGAAUCUAUUAGAUCUGGUGCAACCGUUUCACAUGCUUCAGCUAACUUGAAUCUUGAAGGCAGUGAACAUAUGGAUGCGAAUUCAGGUGGAGCAACUGAAAAUCCUCCUGAUCAAGCCGUAGAAAAUGAAACAGUUGAAGGAGCUGCUAUUGCAUCAGCAGCAUCUUCAAGCAGUCGAAGCGAUGAGGAUGAUGACGAUGAUGAUGAUGAAAUUGAAGAGAUUUCAUUUAAUGAACUCCAACAGGCUGUUAAUCGACGCAAUGCUUCAAUUACCGCCUCAACUAUACACUCUUCAAUAACCAUGUUUACAGAGGCUUCAACAUCAGCAGUACCAAUUACCUCUGGUCGUGAUAUUAUGAUAAGUCGUAUGGCAGAUAGUAUACUAAAUCGUUUGCCUAAUUUAUUUGAUGUUGAUGCCCUGAAACGGAAGUAUAUGGGAACUGAAAUUUCACCGACAAUAAUAGUACUUAUCCAGGAAUUAGAAAGAUUUAAUUUAAUUCUUGAAAAAAUUAAUACAUCACUUAGUGAAUUGAAAAAUGCGCUAAGCGGUAAAGUUGGCAUGUCACAAGAGCUAGAUGAUAUUGCACGUUGUCUGGCUAACGGUAUUCUACCGGACAGUUGGAGACGUCUUGUUCCACAAACAGAAAAAUCUCUACCAAAUUGGUUACAACAUUUAAUGCGAAGAUCAGAUCAGUAUAAAAAAUGGAUAAAUACCGGUAAAAGUGAACCAGCUGUGAUGUGGUUAUCCGGUCUACACUUACCUCAAUCCUAUAUAACUGCUUUAAUACAAAAAGCCUGUCGAAAAUAUGGUUGGGCUUUAGAUAAAUGUGCUAUACAAACAACAGUGACUGAUGUUGUCCCAGAAGAGGUUCACACAAUACUAAUGGCACCUGAAAUUGGAUGUUAUGUUCACGGACUAUAUAUUGAAGGUUCAGCAUGGGAUGUAAAGAAAAUGUGUCUAACACGACAGAAACCACGUGAAUUAUUACAAGAAAUGCCCAUCAUCAAAUUGACACCAGUUGAAAAGCAUCGAUUAAAAUUAACUAACACUGUACAAGUACCAGUCUAUGUGACAAGUCAACGACGCAAUGCAAUGGGUGAAGGAUUUGUUAUUGCAUUAGAUAUUCCAGUGACAGAGCAUUCAUCAUUUUGGAUAUUACAAGGAGUUGCAGUACUUUUGAAUACAGAUUAGAUUUCAAUAGUUGAAAAAUGGUAUUAACCAAAUAAUUAACAUUGAUGAUAUACAGAGUAUGACCAGUGUAUUCUAUUCUAUGUUUAUUAUGUACAAUUCAUAGUGUGCGCGAAUCUUUACCUAUUCACUAUCACUACAUACAAAAUGCAUAUUUAAAUGUA